UCGAAAAGAAGAGGAGAAAAUUACGAAAGGGGAAAGGAAAUGGGAGAAUUUGUGCCUGAAAAAGAUUACUGAGAUCUUCGUUCUGCAUCAGACGAGAGAGAGAGAGAGAGUCUUUACGUCGGACUUGCCUUUGCUCCACCAUUGCCAGAUAAUUUGAUGGAAGGGUUAAUCACCACACAACUCAACCCGGUUAGGGCUUACUGCAGAAGGCAUCAAUCAACUUUUCUUCCAACUUAUACUCCACGAGUAGUGAAAAGAGCUCCUGGGGCUUCAUUUGGGAUGAUGAAACAUCCAGGACCGCUGUAUUCCGUAGCUGCUUCAGUUCAGCCCGUGGAAAAUUCAAUGGCUGGUCGGGUUGACAACACGCUACCAUCAAAAGAGGUGCUUGAGGUGUGGCAAAAUGCUGAUGCUGUAUGCUUCGAUGUGGAUAGCACAGUCUGCUUGGAUGAGGGCAUUGAUGAGCUUGCUGAAUUUUGUGGGGCAGGAAAAGAUGUUGCAGAAUGGACAGCAAGGGCAAUGGGUGGUUCUGUUCCUUUUGAGGAGGCUUUGGCUGCCAGACUCUCUCUAUUCAAUCCGUCCCUUUCCCAAGUCCGGGAUUUCCUUGAGAAAAGGCCUCCAAAGAUUUCUCCUGGCAUAGAUGAGUUGGUCAAGAAGCUGAAGGCUAAAAAUACUGAUGUUUAUCUGAUCUCUGGAGGCUUUCGUCAAAUGAUCAACCCUGCUGCAUCAAUCCUUGGUAUUCCCUCAGAAAACAUUUUUGCCAACCAACUACUAUUUGGAAAUUCUGGGGAGUUUCUAGGGUUUGAUGAAGAUGAGCCUACUUCAAGGAGUGGAGGGAAAGCCACUGCAGUUCAACAGAUCAGGAAGGCUCGGGGAUACAAGGCAUUAGUAAUGGUUGGCGAUGGCGCAACUGAUCUUGAGGCUCGGAAACCAGGAGGUGCUGACAUGUUUAUUUGCUAUGCUGGAGUUCAACUUCGGGGGGCUGUUGCAGCAAAGGCUGAUUGGCUGGUUUUCAAUUUUAGCGAUCUGAUAAGUACCCUGGAGUAGUCUGAGCUAGUUUGGAUCAAUUACCUUGUCGUUUCAUUGUGUGCAGGUUUUGCUGCACCUGGGAACUGCAAUCUGUACUUGUAUUCUUCUACACUUGUGUAUCAUUCUUUAGCUCAUUAUUCUUCUUCCUUUAAAUUAAAGGAAUAUGUAAGAACGCGUGUGAACUGAAUAAAAAUUGGGCUUUAUUAA